AGCUACUGGACCGUCUCUCUCUCUCUCCAAUUCUCAGCCGUCCAACGGUUACUUUUCUCUUCUUCUUCUUCUUCCGCCUCAACAGAUUCUCAUCUUUCCGAUCUCUCCCACUUUUUCUUCAUUGCUUUCCCAAGCCAAGAAUCUCUUCCACCUGUUUCUUUCUCUCUCCAACACUUUCUCUCUCUCUACAACUCUUCCUUUCUCCCCCGAGAGAUUCCUUCUUUCUUUCUCAGCUUAACUUUUAAUGAUGCCAUUUUUCUUCCUCUCCCUCUGUUCUAUUCCCUUUACCUCCAAACCCUUUCCUCUUCUUCUCUCUCCCUGUCAUUUUCAAUUCGCUUCUCCUUUUCUCCCUUCUCGAAUUUCUGGCAACACUAUACGUACAUUUCGAUCCCCAUGUCUUCUUCGGGUGUCAAUCAUAUCUCUCAGCCUUGUAUACACGGUCACUUUGUUUCUUCACACGCAGAGAGGAAGUCUCGGUUCAUGAAAUGGUUGAGUAAACUAUUUAAGAGUGGGUCAGGUCGUGGAGAAACGAGUGGACGACAUCCACAGUUUCUGGGAGAGGAAAAUAUGGUUUUGCGCGCUCCGGCUAGAUCAUUGGAUGAUCGCUCUAGAGCAGGGAAAGAGAAGGAGGAAUUAGACCGUUCAAUUGCACUUUCUCUGGCAGAAGAUUUGAACAGACCAAAUGGAUACAGAUGGAAAACAGAUAAUGAUGAAGAAAUUUCAAGGGCACUUCAGGAAAGCCUCGAUUUAUCUUCUUAUCCUCCUUAUGCCCCUCCAGCAUAUUAUCCCGGAUGUUAUAGAGUAUGUGGUGGCUGCAACCGUGACAUUGGCUAUGGUAAUUAUUUGGGAUGCAUGGGAACUUUUUUCCAUCCAGAGUGCUUUUGUUGUCGAUCUUGUGGUUUCCCGAUCACUGAGCAUGAGUUUUCUUUGUCCGGGAGGGAUGCAUACCACAAGUCUUGCUUCAAGGAGUUGAACCAUCCCAGAUGUGAAGUUUGCCACCAAUUUAUCCCAACAAACGAGGCUGGUUUAAUUGAGUAUAGGUGCCACCCGUUUUGGUCCCAGAAAUAUUGUCCUUCUCACGAGCACGAUAAUACUGCCCGUUGCUGUAGUUGUGAACGUUUGGAGUCUUGGAAUGCAAGAUACAUUUCUUUGGGCGAUGGACGGAGUUUAUGUUUAGAGUGCAUGGAAUCUGCUAUCAUGGAUACUGGUGACUGUCAACCACUUUACCAUGCCAUUAGAGAUUACUAUGAAGGAAUGAACAUGAAACUUGAUCAGCAAAUUCCCAUGCUUCUAGUUGAAAGACAAGCCCUGAAUGAAGCUAUUGUAGGGGAGAAAAACGGAUUCCAUCACAUGCCUGAAACAAGGGGUUUAUGCCUGUCUGAAGAACAGACUGUUAGCAGUAUACUUAAAAGGCCAAGAAUUGGGGGUCGCCGACUAGUAGGAAUGAGAACACAACCUCAGAAGCUGACUCGAAAAUGUGAAGUUACUGCCAUUCUUGUUUUGUAUGGCCUUCCAAGAUUACUAACAGGUGCAAUUCUUGCUCAUGAAUUGAUGCAUGGCUGGUUACGCCUUAAAGGCUACCGCAACCUGAAUCCUGAGGUAGAGGAAGGAAUCUGCCAAAUGCUUUCAUACAUGUGGCUCGAAUCAGAGGUAAUGCCCGGACUCAAAAGUAUGCCAUCCACAUCAGCAGCUUCGUCGUCGUCGUCGUCGUCAUCAUCAUCCAAGAAAGGUGGAAAGUCGGGUGUUGAAAAUAAGCUGGGUGAGUUUUUUUUGCAUCAAAUUGCCCAUGAUGCUUCACCUGCAUAUGGGGUAGGAUUCAGGACUGCCAAUGCAGCUGUCAAUAAAUAUGGUUUACGCUGCACUCUGGACCAUAUUCGCCUGACCGGAAGUUUUCCUCUCUAGGUUUUAUUACAGUUUGUAUGGCUUCUUCUUCCUUAUAGAUUUCUUGGCUUUGCAUCUGUGGGUGAUUAUUGAAUAGCUUCUCAAAAGGAUUGAGUUGAUCAUAGAAGUUUGGAUUAGCUCUCCCUAGGUUUUUUUUGGGGACCUUUUGAGAAUACAUGUGUAAAAACGACUCGAAACUUGAUAAUAAUAAGCUUCUGCUGUCUACUU